AUGCAAAUUGGUUUAAAUUACAGCAACAGCAGAAUCAGCAACUGCAACAAAAGCAACAACGUCACCACCAACAUCAACAUCAGCAUCCUUUAUAGAGAAUAUCAGCAACAACAACAACAACAGCAACAGCAGCAGCAAGAACAACAUGCGCAGGAGUUCCAGCAACCAAAUUCAACGAAGAAUUCAACGUCACCAGCAACAACUCAACAGCAAUAUUAUACCGCGGAACUGGAACAUUACUAUCAGUCGACAACAACGACGCCAAAACAACAACGACAACAGCAACAAUGCCAAUGCGCUCAUUGCUACGAUUGCUAUGUGACGCCGUUGGCGACGCCGACGCCACAGUACCAGCCGCAGCCGGAUGCAGUUGAUUGGGAAUGGUUACAUGAAUUUUCUGCUGUGCCGCCAGCUGCAACAGCAUCGAUUGCCACAAGUUUCUACUUUUACUGA